AUGAAGUUCUUACUGCUAACCAUUUGUCUGGUGAUUAUAUCGCUCUGCCAAGCGCAAUAUUAUAGUGGCGGCGGCGGAGGAGGGGGCGGAGGUGGCGGUGGUGCAGACGGUGGUUAUGGUUAUGGCGGCUAUGGGCCGAACGGUCCCUAUGGCGGAUCAAGUGGAAAUGGUGGGUACGGGUAUUCUGGACCUGGCGGUAGUGGAGGCGGCGGCAGUGGAAAUGGUGGCGGCGGACCGUUAGGAGGCUAUGGUUAUGGGUACAAUUAA